AUGAAAAAUGAUGAAAAUUUAUCAGAAGAAAAAAUAAAAUAUUAUGGACAUGAUACGUAUUUAAUUAGUGAUACGGUAAUUAUAUUAACUUCAGAUUUCAAAAAAAAAUCACUUUGUUGCAGCCAGUUCCACGUGGAUAUAAUUAUCAUUAUUUGCCAGAAUGUAAUUUAUCUCAAAAUAAACCAAAUCCAAAAAUUGAUUUGGAAACAGUUAUACAUGAAUGGAAAGAAUGUUCGAUUAUUCUUUGGCAAAGAUUAUGGAAUAAUCCCAGUGCUAUUUUACACAAUUAUCCUUAUUCAUUUUAUGUUUGUGAUUUGGGUCCACAAGUUUCCAAAAAUAUUCCGCUUGUAUCUUUUCGUAGCAAUCAAAAUGAUGUUUAUUGGGCUAUUUUGCCAACUUGUGUUAGUUUUUUCAAAAUACUGUAGCUAUUUCAAGUAAAUAAAAGUGUACUGUAGUUACAGUAACCCGGUAUAGAAAUGAAUAAUCCCUUCAGCAACUUGUAUGAGUUUUUUGUUUUCAAACUUCAAAAAAAUCCUAUUGCGUUUUCGAAAGAUCUGAUCUUCGGAAAAAAAUCGAAAUUGAUACCGAUAUUUUUUCGCAGAUACUUCCUUGAAAAUCAGAAUUUCGGAAUUUCGAUUCUGACCGAAACAGAAAUGUUUUUUCAAAGCAAAGAUAACGCUUUUGAAAGUAGUACUAUAAAAAUUGGUUAAACCAAAAAUUAUAGUCCAGAAAACUAAUUUUGAAAAAAUUUGGAAAACUUGAAAUUGACAUUUUCACGCCCUACUGUAGAAAAAGUUUAAUAAACUUCAAAAUUAAUGUUUUUUGGGAAUUAGAAAGUUCUAAAAUAUAUCCAUUUUUUUUUCAGCGAGAAGAAAAUAUAUUAGUAACAUUGGGUGUGAAACCAGAAACAAAAGCUGAAGAAGAAUUAUUAGAUACUUUAGAUAAUAUGACAACAUUUGGAACAAGUCCAUUUUCAGACAAAAGUGAUAUUUACAAACAUUUCAAAAAAACCGCAUUUGGUUCAAAUCCUUCACAAAAAACAACACAAAUCAGACAUGUCACACCAAAUGGUAAUUUGAUAACUGAAACUGUUUAUGUUGAAAAUUUCAAAAAUUAUUUGGACAAAACAAUUCAAAAAGGCAAGAAAAUCGAUAUGUUAUGGAUAAAUAUUGAAUCGGGUGAUUUGGAUUAUUGGAAAUAUCUUGGAACAGAUCAAAAAUUCGAUCAAUGGGAAAUUGUUGUUUGUCAAAUUAAUAUUGAAGUUAAAAUUGAGGAUGGUGAACAAUUUGAGCAAUUUAUGAAACCGAUAUUUUCAUCGUUGAAAUGGAUGUAUUUUCGACCGAGUUUUUCACACGAUCAUCAAUUUGUUCGAUCAUUUUUGUUAAAUGUUCACGAUGAAGCUUGUAUUAGAAAAUAUUUACAGUAA